UGAUUUCACCAACGACCAGCAACGAUAUGCUUUGGAUUUAACCGCUGAACCUCGAUUUAUUUCAUUGGAUGACUUUGUUUCGACGAUUAAGCAACUGAAUCAAUCAUUGAAGGCUGUACAGUCAUGGCUUCCCCCAGCGGUUUGUCUGAACAAUGCACAUGUUCAAUUUGUCUGGACGUGUUCACUGACCCUGUAACUACUUCCUGUGGACACAACUUCUGUAUGGCCUGCAUCAGAAGCCACAGAGACCGAAGUACAAGCUCAAUGUGCCCACUGUGUGGGAAGGCAUUGGACUCAAAACAAGAUUUUAACAUAAACAGAACGAUUAGAGACAUCGCAGAGGACAUCAAAAGAAAAAGGAUCCAGAAGAAGCCUGAAGUGUCCUGCGAUAGUUGUCCAAAGAAGAAAAUGCGGAUUGCUGUUAAGUCAUGCUUACACUGUGGAACUUCUUUCUGCAAGACUCACUUGGAGCCCCAUGAAACUGCAGGAAAACUCAUGAAACACAAACUAAUUAACCCCGUGAAGAAUCUCGAUGAAUACAUUUGCAAGAAUCAUGAAAGACCUCUGGAACUUUACUGUAGAGAUGAUCAGACAGCAAUCUGUCAAUUCUGCACCGAGAGUGACCACAAGAAUCAUAAUACUGUCUCUUUGGAGGAGGAGAGUUUGAAAUUGCUGAUGAAUAAAAAGAUAGCUGUGCAGCAGAAAAUUCAGGACAAGUUGCGGAAAAUUAAAGAAAUUCAACAUUCGUCAAGGUUUAACAAACAAGCCAAAGAGAGGGAGAUCGAAGAGAACAUCAAGUUUUUCAAGGAUAUCUUUGAGAAAAACAAUGCGGAGCUACUUGAGCUCACGGAGGAAAAGCAUAAAGAAACGGAAAGACGAGGCGAGGAGCUCAUCAGAGAGCUAGAAGAAGAGAUCAAGGAGCUAAAGAGAAGACAAACUGAACUGGAGCAGCUCUCAAAUCCUAUGGAUUUCACACAAAUUAUUGACCUCCUCCUGCACAACGCCAUAUAUACCAAGCGCUCAAGCAACAUCAGCAUCAGCGCACAUGAACAUGGCCGUAUUCUGAGGAAGGCAAUUUUACGGCUUCAGAGUGUCUUGGAUGAGAAAAUGAGAGAAACUGUUGGCAGAGAGCUGCGGAGUAUACAACGUUAUGCAGUGGAUGUGACACUUGACCCUGACACAGCUCAUCCUGAACUCAUGUUGUCUGACAGUGGGAAAGAGGUCUGGAAUACAGGCAAGUCACAGAAGAUUCCUGACACCCCAAAAAGGUUUGACCAUUGCUCGUGUGUCUUAGGAAUGAAAGGGUUCUCCUCACGGAAAUUUUAUUAUGAAGUUCAAGUCAGCGGGAAGACCGAGUGGGAUUUAGGUGUGGCAAAAGAAUCCAUAGACAGAAAAGGGGAAAUUGGGCUCAACCCUGAAAAUGGAUAUUGGACUGUAUGGCUGAGGAACAGGGAUGAGUAUGCAGCGAACGAUCGGUCCGCUAUCCCUCUCACCUUGAAAGAGAAGCCAGUGAAAGUGGGAGUUUUUGUGGAUUUUCAAGAGGGUCUGGUCUCUUUUUAUGAUGUUGAAGCCAGGUAUCAUAUAUAUUCUUUCACAGGACAGUCUUUUCCUAAAAAGCUCUAUCCAUAUUUCAGUCCUGGAGAAUACGAAGAAGGGCAGAACUCACCUCCUCUGAUCAUUACACCUGUUGACUCAAUCGAAUAAAUCAACUUUUAAAGGAAAUAUUCAAAUUAACUUUAAGUCUUUGUAUAUAACACCUUGAGACCUAAAUGAUGUUCAAUGCAAGUAUGACCAUUCUUUAUUUCUACUCUAAAUGCAACCAUGAAUGAUCAUUAAUCAAAAGAAUC